UCUACCAGUCAAACACGGGGCACAGUACAUGUUUAUUUUCGUCAAUUCGUUUCUGUCUUGUCAUUGGAGCUGUUUAUUCGUUGGCGAAAUAUCUGUAGUGCGGAUAAACGAGAGAUGUUACAACCACCUGUGACCUGGCUUCUGCUAAUUAUGUCGCUAUCGACGGUGGUGCCAUCUCCGUGGAGCCCCGAAGCAGGACCUCAACAGGGUCCUCAAGAACAACAGAAAAUUAAAUCUGCCUUCAGCAUCACUGAUGCGACGAAAUUAGACGGACUCUACGUGAAUCGAGACACAUCUGAGAAGUACGCGGCAUAUUUGGUUGAAUAUCAGACGCCACUCGACGAGGAACCUCUCUCAAAAACAGGCAUAAAGAUUCUUGAAUCAUUACUUAGCAACCAGUCUGUAGUGGUUACAAGCACUGCAAAUGAAGAAUCUCUUCCCACAUCAAAUGAGGUUAAAACAGUCGUACAAUUACUGCAGACUCAGAAUGAACUUACGAGGUACACGGUUGAGACCAAGGAAUUCAACGACACGACCGAUUUUUUAGUUGAAACAAACGGAGACACUUCAGUUGGUAUCGUUUUUAUUCCACUCAACAGAACGAACAAUUCGACUGAAGAAAUCAACGAAUUACUUCACGAAUUCAACCUCACAAGAUGGAAGUAUAUCUUGAUUCAGAACAUGACGAUCGUCCACAAAGAAACAAAAUCAACGCGUAUGGAUCUCGAGUACGACAUUUCUUGGAGAGAGUCGAAAGAAUAUCGAAUAUUAAGACACUACGUCGACCCAGCCGUGUACCUAAUCAUAUUUGUGGUCGGCAUCCUGGGAAACGGGAUGCUGUUGUUUUUAUUCGUACGUCAUCGCGAGCUGAGGACAAUCGCGAAAGUUAUGAUCAUCAACCUGGCGGUCUGCGAUAUCCUGAACCUCAGCAUAAACGCACCACUUCAUUUCUACUUCCAUUACGAAGGAGGAUCGGCCGAGUCUCUUACCUCGUGCAGGGUUGUCCUGGCUCUGAGGCAGUUCCUGAGAUGCACCGGAGCCUUGGCCGUAAUUGUCCUCAUCACCCAACGCUUUAUCAUCAUCAGAAAUUCAUCCGCGAGGCACUGGAAGCCUUUCAUCUUAACAGUUCUGCCCAUCAUUGCCGUCUGGGUCCUCCCUCUAGCAAUUGCAUGGCCAAGUAUGUACUUGCCAGAAUUCUACGAACCAAUUUGUUUCUUCCGCAAGCAAGAAGGUGGUCUUUCGUACGUGAUCGUUCUAAAUUUCGUCUUGUACUGCGUCAUAAUGCCCAUAAUGAUGUUUGGAUUCAGCAUGAACAUAGCCAGGCGCCUGGAGAAGAGUGUUAAGGACAUGCCCGGAGAGAUUCGACACACGGUUCAAGAACAGUUGAGGAUGAGGAGUGCAAGGGUUAUGAUAGCCCUCGCAGUGGUGUUCGUGAUCACGUACUUUCCGUUUCAGGUGUGGGUGUUGCUUGCGCGAUGGGUGCGAUUGGACAAACAUCAUCCCAUCAUGAUCUACGCUCUUUACGUGUCCAAACAUCUGCUGUUUGCCAAUGGAUGUUUUAAUCCAAUUGCCCUAUUCAUUGUCAGCAGCACGUUCAAGAGACUUCUUGUACGUUACUUACGUGGUUCAAUUGAACAACGAACGUACAGUACAAACUUAUGAACAGUGAACACGUGGAAUUAUAAACCAGCUGAACGGAAGAAUCCGUGCAAGUUGUGUGUUCCGUUCAGCUGAGAAGGUUAAAACGCUGUGGCGAUCUCAGGAGACAAAUGCUGACGUGAACAGGAGAUAGGGCCUGCAUAUAUGAACAUGAGAACGUGUUCUGCUCGCGAUGUAUACCUGCAGUCAGUUUGGUAACACGCAGGCCCUGACCUCGAACCUUUUUUUUCGGGAAACGGACGAAAUUGAAACGAAAAUUUCGUCACGAAACAAUCAGAUAACAAAAGUGAAAAAUGAAGGGGAGCCCAAAAUGUUUUAUUGUCGUGGUUGGCACUCCUGUUCCGUGUUAGACGUCCUUCGCCCCGGGAUUGUACGACCCAGAGAUCGUCUAUACCGAUUAGUGUUUUCUACAUUUUUUUUUCUCAGCCCUUCCAAUUAAAUGUUCCGAUCAUAUGUUACAUAACAGACGACUGCGUCCUUCCACGUGUUUCUGCAGUUCAUCGAUAACACUAGGCUAUUUAAAAAAAAUAACGUCACACCUAAUCGCUGUCUGUUAACUGUGCUGUUUCCUGGUACUCCACUCAUAACCUCUGCCAUUUCAGUCACGUUCGUCAACUUCCGUUUAGAAAAAAAAAUAUUUUUUAUUUUCCCAUCAUUAUGCAUUAUAUCAUAUCAGAGCGUUAAUCACUGAUUAAAAGCUGAGUUGGAUUUGAGGUUUUGAAGGUGGUGAAUCUGAAGAUGGCUGUCUUCCUGAGUGUUGCACCGUGUAGUCUAGUAGAAGUUUACCAACGUUUCAGAGGUCUUACCUGCCUCUAUCAUCAGGGCGAUGAGUAAGUUUUUCAAACGUUGGUGAACCUGUACCAUACUU